GGCAGCUGUUACACAAGGUCAAGAUUAUACAAGCACAAGGAUAUAAAAAGGAACGUGAGAAGUCUACGUAGUAGUUCUCGAGUUUGCAAGUUGUGGACGUGGAAUUACGACUAUCGAAAUAAUGAAAUUAACAAUUUUACUGGUUGUCGGCGUUAUCGCCAAGGCAUACGGCGAUGAACCUGAACCUAUCGUGGGUGGCAACACGGCAACGCGUGGACAAUUUCCACAUCAAAUCUCCAUUCGGCAAAAUGGCAACCAUAUUUGCGGAGGAAGUAUUAUUGGCGAUAAAUAUAUCCUCACUGCUGCUCAUUGCAUAUCGUCUCCAAGUAUCGCGCGACAAUUGACCGUUCUAACCGGAACAAACGACGUACGCGGUGGAGGUGGUAAAGUAUACCAAGUCCAGAGCAUUAAAGUGCACCCACAAUACGAUGCGUGGAAGGCACAUGCGAACGAUAUCGCUAUACUGACUUUGGUUAUACCGAUGCACUUCGACAAUCUACAACGUCCAAUUUCUCUAGCGAGUAAAGAUAAUGCUGAUGGCAAAACUCGUUGUAUAGUAAGCGGAUGGGGAAUGCUCGGCGCAAAUGCAGGUAUGCCGGCAAUGCUUCAAUAUGUCGAGGUGACCGCGCUAAGCCCUAGUACAUGCCAAAAAGAGCAUCCAGGCACUACUUUUAAACAGAUAUGUACCUAUGACAGCUAUGGAAAAGGUGCAUGCAUGGGUGACAGCGGCGGUCCUCUCAUUUGCAACGGUCAACUUGUUGGUAUCGUCUCCUGGGGCAUUCCCUGUGCUAAAGGUGAACCUGAUGUGCUUGCGAAGGUAUACAGCGAUGAACCUGAACCUAUCGUGGGUGGCGACGUGGCAUCGCCUGGACAAUUUCCACAUCAAGUCUCCCUUCAGAGAAGCAAAAGCCAUAUAUGCGGAGGAACUCUUAUUAGCGAUAUACAUAUCCUCACUGCUGCUCAUUGUAUACCGUAUCAACAAAGUCAGAGGGAUCGCUUGACUGUUGUGACUGGAUCAAACAACGUACGAAUUGGUGGUCAACGACAUGAAAUCAAGUGCAUUCAAGUGCAUGAAGACUACAAUCCUCUCUCACGUAUAAUAAACAACGAUAUCGCUUUGAUCACUUUAAAAUCGCCGAUUAAGACCAGCAAAGUCCAAGCUCCAAUUCCUAUAGCGAGUAAAGAUUAUGCCGAUGGCAACCAUAAUGCUAUAGCAAGUGGAUGGGGAAAUCUCGGCUUACACGAAAACAUGCCGACAAUGCUUCAAUAUCUCGUAGUGAAGGUUUUGACACAUAAGGACUGCCAGACAGCACAUCCAAGCAAUUCUGUGAAUCAAAUAUGUACCUAUCGUGACUAUGGGCAAGGUCUUUGCCAUGGUGACAGCGGAGGUCCUCUCAUUUGUAACGAUCAACUUGUUGGUAUUGUCUCCUGGGGCAAACCCUGCGCUGUGGGUGAACCUGAUGUAUUCACUAAUGUUUAUACAUCUGGUUGUCGAAUUAUGACCAUCGAGAUGACGAAGUUAGCAAUUCUGCUGGUUGUUGGCGUUAUCGCUAAGGUAUAUGGCGAUGAACCUGAACCUAUCGUGGGUGGCGACGUGGCAUCGCCUGGACAAUUUCCAUAUCAAGUCUCCAUUCAGCGAUACGGCUCCCAUACUUGCGGGGGAACUAUUAUUAGCGACACACAUAUCAUCACUGCUGCUCAUUGUAUACCGCGUCUACAAAUUCAGCAGAUAUCCUUGACUGUUGUUACUGGAACAAACAACGUACGAACUGGAGGUGAACGACACAAAAUCAAGUGCAUUCAAGUGCAUGAAGACUACAAUUCUCUCUCACGUAAAAUAAACAACGAUAUCGCUUUGAUCACUUUAAAAACACCGAUUAAGACGAGCAAUGUCCAAGCUCCAAUUUCUAUAGCGAGUAAAGAUUAUGCCGAUGGCAACCAUAAUGCUAUAGCAAGUGGAUGGGGAAAACUCGGCUUAAACAAAAACAUACCGACAAUGCUUCAAUAUCUCAAAGUAAAAGUUUUGACACAUAAGGAUUGCCAGACAGCACAUCCAAGCAAUUCUGUGAAUCAAAUAUGUACCUAUCGUGACUAUGGGCAAGGUCUUUGCCAUGGUGACAGCGGCGGUCCUCUCGUUUGUAAUGAUCAACUUGUUGGUAUUGUCUCCUGGGGCAAACCCUGCGCUGUGGGUGAACCUGAUGUAUUCACUAAUGUUUAUACGUAUCGGCCUUGGAUUGAAGAACAUCAGAAGAAGUGCUGAUCAUUCUAAUAAUCACAGUUGACCGGCGAUCUAUAUUCCAAACAUUACCAAGAAUUUUCAGUUAAAGCGUGUGAAACACGUUGCUACUGUCAUUAAUACGUUCUAUAGAAGUGAUAUAAAGGCAUAAAAUAAACAAUAAAAAAAUAUAAUUAAAAAUAAA